AUGGCAUUGACCAAAUUGACGCCCGCUGACCGAAAAUCACUUCUAAAGAACUAUUAUGACCUGGCCCUUCCUGAAAACACAUGUCAAUUGAUGUAUGUCUGGAUUGACGGAACAGGAGAACAUUUGCGCUGCAAGACGAGAACAAUGAAUUUUAUACCCCAAAAGCCGGAAGAAUGCCCUAUUUGGAACUUCGAUGGAAGCAGUACCGGCCAGUCGGAAGGAUCUAACUCAGACGUAUAUCUCUAUCCAGCAGCAUUGUUUCGCGAUCCAUUCAGACGCGGAGAUGCCAAACUUUUGCUAUGCGAAACAUAUACCUAUGACAAAAGGCCUCAUGGUAAGUGA